UACUCUAACUAACCAUUUACACAACACAAGCAUGCCCCUUCUAAAAUAUUGUAUAGUUAACAAAAUUCUAAUUAAAUUGACAAACAACUUUCUUUAUCUUCCUAACUAUAUAUAAAUACAAGGUACCAACCUUUCUGCCUACACCUUAAUAUUUCAAAAUACCAAAGUAUGAUUAAUUCUCUCUAAGUUUCUCAAUUAUAUACAUUAUCCACAUUCCUUUCUUUAUACAACUCUAAUCUUCAUUAAAUUUCCUUCUUUUUUAUUUUAUUAUUUCUUUAGCAAAAACAUGGGUUUGAGAGACAUAGGAGCUUCACUACCUCCUGGAUUUAGAUUUUAUCCAAGUGAUGAAGAAUUGGUUUGUCACUAUCUUUACAAAAAGAUCACAAAUGAGGAAGUUCUUAAGGGUACUUUGAUUGAAAUUGAUCUUCACAUAUGUGAACCAUGGCAACUUCCUGAGGUGGCAAAGCUAAAUGCAAAUGAAUGGUAUUUCUUUAGCUUUAGGGACCGUAAAUAUGCAACUGGAUUUAGAACAAAUAGAGCAACUAUAUCUGGGUAUUGGAAAGCAACUGGAAAAGAUCGUAUGGUGUUAGAUCCAAUCACUCAAGAGGUUGUAGGAAUGAGAAAGACAUUGGUGUUCUAUAAGAAUAGAGCUCCAAAUGGUAUCAAAACAGGAUGGAUUAUGCAUGAAUUUCGUUUGGAGACACCACAUAUGCCUCCUAAGGAGGACUGGGUGUUGUGUAGAGUCUUUCACAAAAGCAAAGAAGAAGACAACAAUUCCAAACUCAACACACAACAACAACUCAUGUAUGAGACAACAACACCUCCAUCCCUAACUUUGUCGUCAUCAUCUCCAACAAAUUACCAAACUAUCCCUAUUACCUAUAACCGAAUUGAUUCUUUUUCUUCAUCUAUGACAACACUUCAUCAUUUUAAUCCAAACCAAAACAAUACUUCUUCCAUCAUGAAUAAUCUCCUUGAUCACUAUUCACGUGAAACAAAUAAUCCAAAUAAUAAUAAUAGUAUUGUUACUCAAAUUAGUUCCAAAGGUGAUGAUGGAUAUGGAUUCUUGUGGAACAUGGAUUUGGAAGAAAAUAGCCUAGUAGAAGAUGAUAUGGCUUCAAACUUGGAUGCAAUAAGAUUUGAGGUUGAUAAUAAUAAUAUGGUCAUAAUAUAAAAAGACAUAUGGAUAUAUACUCCUGCCGUCUCAAAAAUAAAAAGAAAAAUUGGUCAACAAAAAUCGAUGUAUUUAGUGUAAAUUUAAACUAAAUAUAUUAAUUUUUAAUGACGAUUUUUUAUUUAUAUUUUGAUACGGGAGAAUAUAUGUAUAUGUACAUUUAUUAUAAGGUUCUUUAUAUCUCAUAAACUUUCAAAAUUCAUUUAUUUGUGAAUGUAUUUAUGGUGUUUUGCUUUUAGGGGCAAAGGGCACGUGCUAGAUUGGGAUUUGAUGUUUCAAUAUUGUGGGGGUAUAUAUAUAUAUGUAUUAAGAGGAUAUAAUAGUGUGGUCAUUAGUUAGGCUUUUCUUAAUCACUAUGAUUAUGAUUUCUUAAGUAUAUUAUUGUGUCGGGGGAUAUAUGCACACAUAGGCCAUUAAUAUAUCUCUUUGUAUUGUCGAAUAUUUGUAAUAAUAGUAUAAUGUUUAUAUUUCGUGUUA